AUGUAUCUUCAAAGUUCUAAAUAUCAGGUUAUCUCGAUGAUUGGGUAAGGUUCAGCACAUGUAGUGUUUAAAGCUGAACACAAUUUAACUUAAAAGCUAUUUGCGAUUAAAAUGGAAAAAUAUCCCAAUUAAGGUUAAAUCGAUGGAGAAAUUAAAAUCCUAAAAGAAUUAAACUAAAUUGAAGGUAUCCCAAAUUUGAUACACCAUGGAAUUACUUCAGAAAAUAAGUAUUAACUUUAAAAUAAAUUUAGGUGCUUUCUUAUUUUGCCUCUACUAAACUGUAGUUUGCGUGAAUUAGUGAAAUCUUAACAGUUAUCUUUAUCUUAAACAUUGGCUAUAGGAUUAAGUCUUAUUGAAACUUUGGAAAAAGUUCAUAAAAAAAACAUUUUGCAUUUAGAUAUUAAACCAGAAAAUAUUAUGGUAUCAUAAAAAGUACAAAAAAAUUCAAAAGAAUAACUACUCUAGCCUGGAGCAAUUUAACUCAUAGAUUUUGGGUUGUCUUAAACUUUAGGAAAUUCAAAAUUCUUAAAAAAUGUAUUUAUUGGCUCAUUGAAUUUUGCCAGCAGAGCUUCCCACAAAGGAGAUUAGUUAGGGUAUAAAGAUGAUUUAGAAAGUCUAUUUUAUGUGUUAGUCUAUUUGAGAAAUUGUAAUUAUCAUUAUUAACUCUAGGUAAGUUGCCGUGGUCUCAAAAGCCUUCUAUGGGAUUUAAAAAUAUGGAUAUCAAAUUCAUUGGAGAAAUGAAAACAUCUAUCUUCAAUACGAUGGUAUUAUGCCAAAAAUUUCCUUUAGAAUUCUCCAAAUUUAUGCAAUACAUUGAUGAACUAAAACAUUAUUAAAUGCCAGAUUAUUCUUACAUUAAGGAGUUGUUUAUAAAAAUGUUAUAAAAUACAUCUUUAUCCCCAAUAAUGGACUAAUUUUUGAAUUAUUCUCCUGUUCAAUCGAUUAAUCAACUGGGAAAUUCGGAAACGAUGUAGCUUCCAGUUGAACAACAUCUUCCGAACAACAAUUCUAUAGAAACUUAAAUUUAAGAUGAUAUAAUAGAUGUAGAAGCUAAAGUAGUACAUUUAUCUGACUUGAUUGGAAAAUACACAACUAUUUAAAUCAAGUCAAUUUACAAUUUAAAUAUUCACUAUGAUUAUAAUUCUUCUAAUUUAUUCAUAAAAAAAUGA